AAUUUAUAUAGCUGAUUUCAUUUAUAUUUUUAAACAAAAUUAAUAUAGAAAAUACAAGAUUUGUAGCUUAUAAAAGACCCAUCACUGCUUUUGCAUACUUGUAUCCAUUGUGUAUUUCCUUGCAUCCAUCAAUAAAUUUUAUGUUACGCCUCUCUAUUAUUUCUCUCUCCAUCUCUCAAAAAGUCUUCAAAAUAGUCUAAAUUAACAUAGCGUCGUCGUCUCCUUCAGAGAAGCCAGAAGAUUUAUCUGUGAUCAACCAUGGGGAAGGUUCACGGUUCAUUGGCUCGUGCCGGGAAGGUGAGAGAUCAGACACCGAAAGUGGCUAAGCAGGACAAGAAGAAGAAGCCUCGUGGCCGUGCCCACAAGAGAUUGCAACACAACCGCCGUUUCGUCACCGCCGUUGUUGGCUUUGGCAAGAAGAGAGGACCAAACUCAUCUGAGAAGUAGACAGAAGCAAUGUUAAUGGGUCUUUAGAGCAUGAUUAACCCACAAACCCAUUACAGUAUCUUAAUGAUUAUUUUACUAAUUAAAUGUUGAUAAGAACUUUUGUUAAGAGACACCUAGAUUUUGUGCUCCAAUGCUAGUUUCUUAUUUAAGGGUUCCUAAUCACUAAUCAA